AUGUCACGUCCAAUCACAUCACAACACGCUCAAAAGUAUCAUGUCAACUUUGGCACAUCCAGGGAGCGAGAAUUUUAUAAGUAUUUACCGCCGUACCAUCGCAAACCACACACGCUACAACACGUCGGGCCUACUACACUAUCAAAAGAACAUGUCGCUCGAUCCUCAACAGACCCCAUUCUUACGGCAUUCGCUCAACUGGGCGCCUUACGACUGGAUGCGCAACGUUCAUUGAUCUCGCUCUUCGGUCGGAAGGAGCAACACGUGCUCGCUGAAGCCACUCGAACCCUAAGUCUACGGAAUGAUGGCAACGAGGAUGCGCAAGAUGAGCUUUGGGUCGGGAGUUCUACUAUGUCAUAUGACCGCAGCCUGUGUAAAUCGGUUAUGAAUUCUACGCCAAAUGUGUCAAACCCCAGGGACAACGUCUUUGUUGUACCCGACCUUGCCAAAGACAACGCAUUCAAAGACCAUCCAGAUGUGACUACAUUCCCGAACAUUCGGUUCCUUGCCUCGAGCCCUAUAAUCAGUCCCAAAGGCGUGGUGAUAGGGGCUUAUACGAUCUUGGACGACCAACCUCACGAGCCCCUGGAAGCUGGCUCAUUCCAGUUCCUAGUUGAUAUUGCUGCUACAGUGAUGGAUUAUCUCGGAACCAGUCACUCCAAAAUCCAGCAUUUCCGCAGUGAGCGCAUGAUGGUUGGACUUGGGAGUUUUGUGGAAGGAAAAGGUAGCCUGCGCAACUCAUGGGUUGUCGACACGGACAUUCCUCAAGCUCCAUCUGGUGGGAUUGACCACGCAGAGGGGCAUAUCAAUCAACAACAGCAAGAGAAGCAAAUUUCGCAGAACGUUACUCAGGUGGUGGCUCAGAAUGGAACACCAAGGCACCUCCCUUUCCGUCCAUACAAUCUUCACAUCCCUAGGAACAAGGCUCUGCAAGGGAAUAGGGAGAGAUACCAGUCACCUUCCAACUCAACCACCAGCAAGAGAGAUGCCGAGGCUUUAUCGAAACUCAAAGAAGCAUCUCAAGCGACCAUGGCAAUUGGAAAUGUUCAGUCAAAGCAGCAAUCACCGAAGGAUGAUUAUACUGCCAAAGUGAAUGAAACAUUUGGACGUGCAGCCAAUCUCAUCCGCGAGAGUAUCGAAAUUGAGGCAGUUGUCUUUUUCAACGCCAAUUUCGGCUCCCAGGAAUCUCUAGUGAAUAAUGCGGAGUCUGACACGGAAGGUAGUUGUUUUGAGAGCUGUUCUUCUGGUGAUGAGGCCACUCCUCGAAGCUCCCCCCAACGAUCACUCGAAGAGACUUUUGAUCCAGAAAAAGCUGCAAGCUCAGGCAAAGCCACACUGAACCCGUGCGAAAUACUCGGAUUUUCCACUUCGAAUGCCUCUAGCGUCAAUUAUCAGUUGAUGGACGAUAACAAAAUCGCAUUAUCAGAGUCAUUUCUUGGAGGUCUUUUGCACCGAUAUCCUCGAGGGAAGAUUUUCAAUUUUGGUGAAGAUGGAACGAUCUCAUCUGAUGAUACGAGUGACGGCAUAAUCAAACGAUUUUUGCGACGUCCUGGGGGCAAGAGGUACAAAAAGACACGAAAUUCGCUUCUGCGCCAGGAUGCCCAGAGUUUGCUUCAACUCGCCCCCGAGUCUCGAAGCAUAAUCUUCUCGCCUUUGUGGGAUUCACACAAGGGUAGAUGGUACUCGGGGGCCCUGGCAUGGACAAAAGCACCCCACCGUGUCUUCACUUCGAAUGAUGAAUUGGCAUUCCUCUUGACGUUUGGAACUAGUAUCAUGGCAGAAGUGCACCGACUUGGCGCUCAUUUUGCCGAUAGAGCAAAAUCAGACUUGCUAUCAGGACUCAGUCAUGAACUUCGAUCCCCUCUGCAUGGCAUUUUCGGAACAGCAGAGCUCUUGAAUGAUACUGUUAUGGAUGCGCUACAACGAGGAUUCAUUCAUACAAUUUCUUCUUGUGCAUACACACUACUAGGCUCGAUCAAUCAACUCCUCGAGCAUGCUAGUAUCAAUGAUGUCCGACCAAAUUCUGUCGCCAAAAGCCCCGUUAGCGGUAUUAAUAAAGCUCCCGUCGACCGGAAAGUGGCCGCCGCCGCUCGCCUUUCGUCUCAGUCUGGAAAAAGUGAUGUCGACACUUGUGUGGAGCUUGAUGUUACCUUAGAAGACGCAGUUGAAACAGUCUUUGCUGGUUAUUCCUUCUUCAGCAGUUCACGGUCCCCUCUUCGGGGUAUCGCCGACGCUUCUCCCUUGGAUAGCAAACAUUGUGAUGCAUGGGGUGGAGUCAAGGUGGUUCUGGAUAUUGACCACAGCCCCAGUUGGAAGUUUUCAACACAGUCUGGAGCUUGGCAUGUCAUCCUCACGAAUAUCUUUGGGAACGCCUUGAAAUUCACUCAAAAUGGUUAUAUCUACAUCUCUAUGAAGGCCUCUCCGGCGAAAUUUGGAAACGGUGGCGAGGUCACAAGCUCAGCAAUCACAGUGACUGUAAAGGACACUGGAUCUGGGAUUGACCCGGAUUUUCUGAAAAAUGGACUGUUUACUGCUUUCUCACAAGAAGAUAGCAUGACAACCGGCAAUGGCCUUGGGUUGAGCAUCACCCGACGAAUACUCUUAUCGCUCGGCGGCGAUAUACAAGUCAACUCCGAGAAGAAUGUCGGCACUGAAGUCGUGGCAACCGUGACCCUUAAUCAUGCGUCUGCUUUCGACAACCUCGACAAGUUGAAUAGUCCCUCCCCAAUCACGAUGGCGCAGAAGCUUGAAUGCACGAAGACCAUCGGGAUAUUAGGUCUCGGGACUUCUGAAAUUGACACAUCUAUAUACAAAUCAUUACAGAAGCUGUGUCAAGAUUGGUUCUCCAUGGAAGUCCUUUUGGUUGGGUCUUCACAAACACAAUUCGCACACUGUGACUUAUACAUAUCCUCCCACGAAUAUAUGGAUAUAGGAAUUCAGGAGCUCAGGACUCUUGCGCCCAGUGCAGGUGCUCGAUUGCCUUCCCCUGUCAUUAUAGUAUGCCCGUCCCCGAGGACCGCGCACGCGAUGUCAGUCAAGGCUCAAGAUCAUGGAGAUGCACAUGUGCUCGAGUUCAUUAGCCAGCCAUGCGGACCCCGCAAGUUGGCAAAAACGUUAGAAACGUGUAUUAAUCGCCAGCAGCUACUGCUUGAUUCGCUCGAGACCGAAGAAAACAUACCGGGUGGCUUAGCAAGCUUCCAAGUCAAUCUUGGCACCAAUGAGCCUAAAAUGGACUCGUUCGUUGGUCUGCCAUCAAAUGGAGAGGUCAGCGACCAACCUACCAUCAAAGUGGCAGUAGAUACAGACACAUGCAGUCACCCAUCGAUAGAGACACUCGAGUCGGUAAAACUCUCUCAGGGGGAUGUUCAAGACCCUCCCCAUCCUUCUGAAGAAGUCGCCACCACGAGUCACAAUCCACCCAUCAAAAAGGAAAUUGACCCAGUAUCAAAUUUUCCAACAACCGUUCUUCUUGUGGAUGACAAUGAUAUCAAUCUCAGACUUCUCAUUGCUUUCAUGAAGAAGUUGAACUGUGAUUAUAUUAUCGCUCAAAAUGGAGAAGAAGCCCUCGAGGCUUUCAAGGCCAAUUCCUCUGUUAUUGGGAUGAUCUUUAUGGAUAUUUCCAUGCCAAUCAUGGAUGGCCUGGAAUCUACAAGGCGAAUUCGCGAUUUUGAAAAAACACUGGGAACGACAUUCCGUGUCACGAUUGCUGCCUUGACUGGUGUUGCGCAAGCCGACACUCAACGCGAUGCUAUUGGGUCUGGUAUGGAUUUAUUCCUCACCAAACCCAUACGGCUGAACAGCCUAGUGCCAGUAAUCAAAGGCAUAAUGCCGCCGACCCAUGCACUUUGGCAAGAGAAGUAAUCAAUAAUUCAACC